AUGGCUGAUUCCGAGUUGGAGAGUGCACUGGCGAAGGAAGGCUUGGCAGCAGAGGUCAUCAAAGUGGCCACGGAAGGGGGCUGGACAGCCUCGGCGUUCAAACACGUUGUUGAAACUCAGGCAGAAGUUGAGGGAGCCAUCCCCGAGAUCUUCCCAGGUCAGAUUUUGUCUCGGUUGCAGAUAGCCCAGAUCAAAGCAGCGUGGGCGGGCAUGCAAACAUCCAGUUCCUCUAGUGCUCUACCGGCCCCUGUCAACGCAGAUCCUACUUUGGAGACAUGGGUAGAGAGUUUUGCUCCCAAAAUUGCAUCCACGAAGCUGUCCGACAUGAAGCGCCAAUUCCUUGCAAAUUACCCAAGUGAGGUCUUGAAUCCAUCUACUCUACCCUCUUUGAGGCUGAUUUCCCUCGCAGCUCAUCAAGAGGCACGUUCGGAGUAUAAAUGGAUAGCUUGGAAACAUCGCAUGACGGAAGAGAAAGCUUCGGAGUUGUUAAUUGCCAGACCCCACAAACAGCCCAAGCUCGAAAUGCUGGGUCUUUCCAGCUUGCUCCUUGAUGAUCCGCCUACAAUCGAAGUGACCGAUGCCAAUAUGGGGAUCAGUGGCAUCCAGCGAAUCUUGGCAGUGCAUGACGUUGCGUUGGCCAUGGUUGGCUCAGCUCACCUUGCCCGCCUUAAAGCCUACAGCUGCAAGUUUGUCCAGCUUGUGUCCCAGCGUUUCGACCCAACAUCAGGCCUGCGUGCACCGACAAUCCUAGAAGCGCAACAGGCAGAUUGUCGGAUUUGGCAGAGCAUCCAUUCUUUAGUCAGUGAGAAAGCUUGGAGCUUGAAUGACGCGUUGCAUGAGUUCACUGAAAUCAGAGGUGAGCUUAGCACCUUGCUGCAGGCUCGUCCGAAAGCCUUGUUCAUCCCCCGCGGCCCCGAUCUCAAAGGCAAGGGGAAGCAGGUCGGCCAAUGGAAAGGCCUCGGCAAGGGCCAGGGCCGGGGCAAGGAAAAGGGCGGUAAGCCCAAGGGCGCUCCAGGGAGACACAUCACCUUCGUGAAAGAGAUCCAGGUGGGAUCUGAGAAGAAAGGGCUGUGUGUCCAGUGGCAGAUUGGCCGCUGCACAAGGGGAGGCUCCUGCCCCUUUGUUCAUGCAUGUGCAUACCCCAAGCAGGCAGGUGCAAAUCGUGUUGCUGGGUAUGAUAUCCAGCCGGCAGCUCGGCCAGCCGAGCCUGUAAAUGUGCUUCCGAAAUCGGUCUCCUUGUUGGAGACAAAUGCUGGGCCUGUGUCGUCGCCAGCAGUGCAAUGUCCUCAGGGCAACAUCCCUUCACAACCCGUGUUGGGUGAUGUCACGUGCAACAUGCCUGGUCGUUCCAGGCAUUACUUUCUGCCUCUUGGCCUCCACGCGUGCUUCCUGCCAGGUGAGACUUGGAAUGCCUUGUGUGUCAGCAGGAACAUUUUGACGUCCCCGCACAAGGACACAGCAAAUUUGCCGGGGUCGUCAAAUUUGACAGUGGGGAUAGGUUCGUACUCGGAUGGAGGCCUUUGGGUCGAGGACCAAGCAGGCACGGUACCGCAGUUCAUCCCCAAGCUUGGGGUGACUCUCCCGGGCAAGAUCGUCACAACGCAUCAUGCGCCGUUUAAGUUCCCCGUGCACCUUUGGCACUGCGCCCAACCGUGGCUUGGCGAUCGAUGGGUGCUGACUGCCUUUACCCUCCCAGGUGUUGUGGGGUAUUGUGCGGCAUCCCCUUGCUGUUCGGAAUACUCCCGCCUGAAACUCUUUGGAGGUGCUAUGUCCUGGGAAGAAUCGUGCGUUCAAGGCUGGUUGCACUGUGGGUCUACAGCCCUCAUUGUCCUCCCGGCCUGUGCUUUUGGGGAGAACUGGGCAAAAACUUGGCUGUUUGCAUCGAGCUUUCAAGCCCUGUCCGUGAUGGGGCAGACGUGUCAACACGGACGCAAUGCACAUGAGUCCGUGCAGGGACGUGAGAGUGAUGGUUCGUUCAAAAGUCGUAAGACCGCUAAGUACCCCCAAUGCCUGGCUGAAGAAUUCGCGUUGCACAUCAGGUCGCCACUCUUGUGGGGAUUGGAGCACCCCAUUGUGCCAGGAUAA